AUGGGAAGCCCGUUGGGCCCAGUCCUGGCAGACCUGUUUAUGGCACUUCUCGAACACAAGGCAAAGAAAAUUCUGGAACGUGCAAUCCUUUACAAAAGCUACGUCGACGACACUCUUGUGAUAACAGAAAGCCUAGAAGAGGCUACAGCAAUUUUGGAUGAACUUAAUAGAUUACAUCCAAAUAUUCGCUUCGCAAUGGAACCCGAAGCUAGCAACACACUAAAUUUCCUUGACAUCAGCAUGAGGCGAAGGGAAGACGGAACGAUCGCCCGAUCCGUUUACUGA